AGGAGAACGAACGGCAGAUGUGUCCCGCUUUCCGUAACAAGUCAAGGCAGGUUAUGGCACCGCGACCCAACGACGUAACGAAGCAACGACGCAGCGACGAGUCUUAGGAUGGGACACACCAUCACCAUCACCAUCGCCAUGAUUCCUCAGACUCCCUAGGAGGCGGCCGGCGGCUCGAUUCCUCAGUCUGUUAAUGAUUGCGUCCACGCGACGACGGAACGCGGCGCUCGAUCAGGGACGGCUUCAGCCUAGACAUCUGCUCCGAUCGAGUCGAUCCUUCUGCCGCGGUUCAAUCCAUCACCUCGGUAUUUUGAGUCGACUCAAAAUACACCUGGGCAAGCUGACACACGGCUUAUUCAAGGGGAGACGUGCUUUGAUAGCAUGGAAACUACCGCUCCAUCAGGGACGGCUUCAGUCUAGACAUCAGGGACGGCUGAUUGCGUCCACGCGACGACGGAACGCGGCGUUCGAUCAGAGACGGCUUCAGUCUAGACAUCUGCUCGAUCAUUCUGCCGCCGUUCAAUCCAUCUCCUCGGUAUUGCCGAAUGAUGCGGGAAAUAGCGGGCGGCGCUUAGAGCUUUGCCGAGCUUAGAGCUUAGUCGAGCUUAGAGCCUAGUCGAGCUUAGAGCUUAGUCGAACUUAGAGCUUAGUCGAACUUAGAGCUUAGUCGAGCUUAGAGCUUAGUCGAACUUAGAGCUUAGUUGAAGACGCCGUUCCCUUGAGAAUAGAAGUUCGAAAUUCGAGCACGAACCAUCCUAACCAUCUCAUAGUGGUCAUGCACCGCUAUAGCGCCUCUCAAUCGCAAGACGGAAAGAGAAUCCGUCAGUGUUACUCACCGAGCAGAUUUUUCAGUCGACUCAAAAAGUAUCUGCUAGUGUUACUCACCGAGCAAUCUGCGGAAAGUAGAAUGCUCGCCGCGAUGAUUCGGACGGCACGUGGCUGCCACGUGCUCGGCGCGUGGCUGCUGCCACGUGUCGUGCUUCUACUGUUGGCCUCCGCGACUUACGUCGCGUCGUGCAAUCCGUCGUCCCUUCGGGGAUUCGCCAAUUCCGUUGAUCUAUCUGGAAAUGGUCUCGUUCUCCAUUGGACCCUCAACUCCUCUCAGCUCCAGCUCGCCCUAGAAGCCAAACCCAGCAGUGGGGCCGAGUCCGGCUGGUUCUCGGUCGGCUGGUCGGCAAAAUCCGGACGCAUGUAUCCUGCUGAUUGCGUGAUUGGGAACCUUCCGGGAAGCAGCGUGGCCGCGUAUCACAUCAGUGGGUACAGCCAGUCUGACGUGGCGCCCUCUGAUAGGUUCAGCGUCGGGUCGCCUGUGCUGUCUGCUGGAUUGACUGGCGACAGGAUUAUGAGGUUCACACGGUCGAGGGGAGAUGGAGGGGCGGUACCAGUGAGCUUCAGUGGCAGCAGCAGCCUCAUCUGGGCUUUCUCUAAGUCCGGUUCAACCACGCUAGCCUUCCACGGCCGCAACCAAGGUUCGAUGAAUGUGGACUUCUCGUGUAAGGCUGCUCCCAGUAGCUCGGGAGGAAGUCGGGGUGGUGGCGACAACGACAGUGGAAAAGGCGAUGACAAUGAUGAUGAUGAUGAUGAUGAUGAUGAUGAUGAUGAGGGGGAGGGUGGAUUUGAAAGGGGGAAUGAUGAUGACGCAGACGAUGACGAUGAUGAUGAUGAUGAUGAUGACGAUGACAGGGAUGGUGAUAGGGAUGACGAUAGGGAUGACGAUAGGGAUGAUGAUGACGACGAUGAUAAGGAGGAUUAUUUUAAAGUGGGGGAAGAUGAUGACGACGACAAGGGCAAUGGCAAUGGUGAUAGUGAUGAUAAGGAGGAGGACAGAGGGAGCCAAUCACUGGCGUCCACGUCAGCAGCCUCUUCAGGCAGUGGCAGUGGCAGCGGGGCAUGCCAGGUGUCAACUCUGCCAGGAUAUGCGUGCUCCAUUCGACUCAAAGGCAACGAUUUCGUCCUGCACUGGAAGACUGGGGCAACCACUGUAGCUAUGGCUGCUGAGGUGGCGACAUCUGGUUGGGUGGCGGUCGGAUGGUCUACGAGUGGCAAGAUGUACCCUGCUGACGCAGCCAUUGGGAAUGUGCCACGUGGCACUCGUAGCAGCGUGGCGGCUGUGGGAGCGUACCAUAUGAGCGGGUAUGGAGUAGCUGACGUGGCGCUGACGUCAUCGUUCGAGGUGACCAAUACGACGGCGACAACUGUGAAUGGGAAAACAACAAUCUCAUUUGAGCGUCCCCUCUCAGUCGGCUCUGUCCCUAUCAGCGCCAAUGGCGCCACCACUGUGCUCUGGGCGUUCUCUCGCUCUGACUCCCAAGAGCUGGAAGACCACGGGCCGAACAAAGGUUCUGUUAGAAUCAACCUCGUUUCAGGCACAGUAGAGGUGGGAGAGUCAGAAAGCAGCGCUGCAACUCUUUAUGUCGCACACGGGUGGAUCCUCACUGUAGCUUUUGGCAUUCUCAUGCCGACCGCCAUGCUUGUAUCGAGGAUAUUCCUGGCGGAUAAGCCAACUGCAGACCCUGCUACUGUAGCAGCGCAGGCAGAAGCAGCAAGGGGAGCGGGAUUAGGGUUACCAGUUCAGCCAACGUUACAAGAAGAAAAGGAUUUAGAGCAACUGCACUUAAUAGCAGCAGGAGAAGAAUCAGUGACUGUAAUGCCGGUUACCACAGCAACCGUAGGGAAGCCAUGGGUCAGCAAGGCUCAGGCGUUUGAGGCUCACAAGUGGAUCAUGCUCCUAGCUGUCACGCUCUCAUUGGCCGGAAUCAUCAUGGCGUUUGUCGAAUCGGGAUCGAGCUCCCUGCAGUCGACACAUGGCAGGCUGGGAUUAGCCGUGCUGCUGCUGAUCGUUCUCCAGCCAAUCAUAGGCCAGCUGAGGCCGAUCAAGAGCCACUUCGCGCGGCGCUAUUGGUUCGCGCUGCAUUGGGUGGUUGGCGUGGCGAUUGUGGUAAUGGCUUGGAGCAACACGUACCUUGGGCUCGAGCUGGCUAGCGAGAGAUUCGGCUACAACACUGAUUGGUGUGGUAUUGCAUUCUCCACAAUGAUUGGUCUAUUCACUAUAGCCUAUGCAAUCGAUUUCGCCUGGGACCUAGUGGGCUCCACAAUGCUUCGAUAUAAGCAGCCCCACAUUGAGUUGCAGAUGCUCAAUCCAAAGAGGGUGGAGGUCGUGUUGAUGUUGUAAUGAUCGAAUGGCAAUUUGUACCAUGAUAAUGCCAUUCGACUCUUGCCUCUUAUGCAAUGCAAGCAUACUACAUCAUUGAGAAGAAAUGUGUUCUCCAUGUUAGUUGAGGACAAUUAGGGAUUGUACCUUGUAUUUUCCCGUCACUUGAAAAGGACAACCAAGGUUUGUUGUAGUUUGCAUUAUGUAAAAA